UCACUUUGAAAACCCCUUCAGCCAAGGCGUUUUGUACAGUCCACACAUGCGCGCGAAAGUGUUGUGACAGCAAUGGCGUCUAAAGCAGGUCGCCGGGGCACGAAGCGCAAAGCGGAGGUUGAGCAGGCCGAGGAGGAGAAGCCAUCUGUGGGGGAGGAGAGGGCCAGAGGAGAGGGGGACAACGGCCAGGGAGGCCAAAGGGUGGUCAUUGAACACUGUAAGAGCUGACGAGUGUAUGGGCGUAAUGCUGAGGAGGUGAAAUCUGCUCUCCUGGCUGCCCACCCUGAACUGAUUGUGGUCUUCAACCCUGAGAAACCCCGCAGGAACAGCUUUGAGAUCACUCUGGUGGAUGGAGGCAAAGAAAAAUCACUGUGGACUGGAAUAAAGAAGGGUCCGCCUCGUAAGCUGAAGUUUCCUCAACCCGAUGUUGUAGUUGCUGCUCUGCAGGAGGCUCUUGAGGCUGAGUAGACGCCCAGUGAAGCCAAGAGUUCAGGAGAUGUGACAAAUGGAAGCAGAAUGACGAGGAGUGACCAGUGGGAUGUUCUCAGUCCCUCCUCUGAUGAUCCAAGCACCAACAGCUCACAUCUCCUGGAUACAUGGUGACACCUAGUGAGUUCCUAGAGCGUCUCUGCAUACAUUUCUCAGAUGCACAGUCCUGCUGUCUCAACAGUUUAUUGUGCUUUUAAAUCUGUUUUUGGUAAAUAAAGUGUUUUCUUGUUUCGUAA